AUGUAUCCAAAGACCGAAUCCUGCUCUAACCAUGGCUCAUGUCAAAAUGCUAGAAAAGUCUCCUGCAAUAUAUAUUCUAAUCUGAAAAUAGCUUCCAUCGCUAAAGGAGAAUUCGGUUUUACCAUGGACGACGUAUUUCAGGGAGAAGUUCCCUCCACUCUCAUUCUGGGACUGGUAUCUAGCAGUGCCUUUAGUGGAAAUUAUAAGAAGUCACCCUUUAACUUUCAACAUUUUGAUUGUAAUUUUGUAGCUUUCUACGUGGACGGACAGUCUUUUCCCUCCAAACCUUUACAACCCAACUAUAAUGCCGAUACUUACUUGGAAGCUUACCAAACCUUAGUUUCGGGUAGAGAAAACGUUUAUGUUGAACGUGAAGAAUACCCAAAAGGCAAUGCCCUUUACGUAUUGGACAUCAAUCCCUACAUCGUAGAUUUUAACACAAGAAGAAAAGGACAUUGUCGCCUAGAACUCAAAUUCGCAUUUCCAUUACCAGAGAGCGUAACGUUAAUUUUAUAUGGAAAGUUUCCACAAGUUCUCCACAUCGACCAAUCUCGAAGCAUCAUAUUCAAAUGA